CAGUCUAUAAUAACAGAGGGUGUUAUAGAUCAACACGUGGAAAGGUUACUGUACCAGUUUUACACUCUCUCGAGUUAUUUUUAAUAAGUUUCGAUCAGAAAGUUGGAACCUAGAGCUUAAAUUCUUGGAAGUGAUUCACAAAGCGAGCAAAAUGGAGGCUACUUUGACAUCAAAAGAAAUUCGCCAGAUGUUUAUGGAUUUUUUUGUGCAGAAGUAUGAACAUUUCUACGUUCAUUCCUCACCCGUGAUUCCUCACGACGAUCCUACUUUGUUGUUCACUAAUGCUGGAAUGAAUCAGUUUAAGCCUAUCUUCUUGGGUGUUGUGGAUCCAAAUAGUGAUUCUGCCAAAUACAAACGAGUGGUUGACACACAGAAAUGCAUCAGAGCAGGAGGUAAACAUAAUGAUUUAGAUGAUGUAGGGAAGGAUGUCUAUCACCACACCUUUUUUGAGAUGUUAGGGAAUUGGUCAUUUGGAGAUUUUUUCAAGCGAGAAAUCUGUAAUUGGUCAUGGGAGCUACUAACGAAAGUGUACAAACUGCCCAAAGAUAGGAUGUAUGUGACAUAUUUUGGUGGAGCUCCUGAAUAUGGACUUGAACCUGAUUUUGAGUGUCGUGACAUCUGGAAGGAAGUUGGAUUGCCAGAUGAUCGUAUUCUUCCAUUUGGAAUGAAAGAUAACUUUUGGGAGAUGGGUGAAACUGGUCCUUGUGGACCUUGUUCAGAAAUCCAUUAUGAUCGCAUCGGGGAUAGAGAUGCUAAGCAUUUAGUAAAUGCUGAUGUUCCAGAUGUCCUGGAAAUUUGGAACCUAGUGUUUAUCCAGUUUAACAGGGAAAACGAUGGAACUCUGAGGAUGCUUCCAAAGAAGCAUAUAGAUACUGGAAUGGGAUUAGAAAGGCUGGUUUCAGUUAUUCAGCAGAAAUCCUCCAAUUAUGAUACAGAUCUUUUUGUCCCUAUUUUUGAAGCUAUUCAGAAGGUUACAGGAACGAGGCCUUAUCAAGGAAAAGUUGGUUCUGAUGAUGAAGAUGGAAUAGAUAUGGCCUACAGGGUUCUUGCCGACCAUGUGAGGACAUUAACUGUCUCUCUUUCUGAUGGUGGUCGACCUGACAACACUGGUAGAGGAUAUGUGUUGCGGCGUAUAUUACGACGUGGUGUUCGCUUCGCUACCGAGAAAUUAAAUGCAAAGCCUGGAGUAUUUGCUGGUCUUGUUCCCGUAGUGAUCGACAUUCUGGGGGAUGUAUUUCCAGAACUCAGAAAGGACCCACAAAUGGUUAUGGAUAUAAUUAAUGAAGAAGAAUCACAAUUUCUCAAAACACUAACCAGAGGACAUCGACUUUUGGAAAGAACCAUCAACAAGCUUGGCAAUGUAAAGACGUUACCAGGGGAUGUUGCCUGGAGGUUAUAUGACACUUAUGGUUUUCCGGUGGACCUCACUCAGCUGAUGGUUGAGGAAAAAGGUCUUGGUAUUGACUUGGAUGGAUACGAGGAAUGCAAGAAGAAAGCACAGCUUGCUUCUCAAGUACGAGGAGAAGGACAAGAUGAUAGUGUUAAACUUGAUGUUCAUGCCAUCUCCGAGCUUCAGCAGAAACAAGUUCCAACCACCAACGACCUUCCGAAAUACAAUUAUAGUGCUGUUAGUGAUGAGAAAAAUGCACAGUACAAAUUUGAGGAGUGUUCAGGAACGGUGUUGGCUCUUCGAUGCAAUAAAACUUUUGUGAAUGAAGUGAAGAAUGGCCAAGAAUGUGGUGUUAUAUGUGACCAGACAUGUUUCUAUGCUGAAUCUGGAGGUCAGAUAUAUGACACCGGCUUUUUAGUGAAAGAAGGAGAUGAGGACACUGAGGUUCUGGUGAAAGACGUGCAGUUACAAGGUGGUUAUAUAGUUCAUAUGGGAACAGUUUGUGGAAACAUUCGAGUAGGAGACCAACUCAAAAUGUUUAUAGAUGAGGAAAGAAGAAAACUGGUGAUGAACAACCACACUGGAACCCAUAUACUUAACUUCGCUUUAAGACAAGUUAUUUCAUCAGAAGCAGACCAGAGGGGAUCAUUGGUUGCUCCAGAUCGUCUUCGGUUUGAUUUCACCAACAAGGGAGCAAUGAAAGUGAGCCAAGUUCAAGAAACUGAAACAAUCGCCAACAAUAUGAUCAACAAAAAUGAACCUGUGUAUGCUAAAGACUCCUCACUACCACAGGCCAAGGCUAUCCAAGGACUUCAUGCCGUGUUUAAUGAAACCUAUCCGGAUCCAGUCCGAGUGGUAUCUAUUGGUAUUCCAGUAGAAGAGCUUCUGUCGGAUCCUACAGGUCCUGCAGGAUCAGUAACGUCUGUAGAAUUCUGUGGUGGCACGUGAGUUACACUUAAUUAACAGAUAAGUCUUAAACUUCACA